UGCGAUGGAAAGCUACCCGCUUGCUCUCAAUGCAUUGAUAAAGGCGUACGAUGCGAAGGCUAUAGUCAUGACUUCAUUUUCAAAUCCUCUGCCAUCACAGCACCGCGGAAGCGCUCCGAAAAGCCCCAGGGGCCGGAGGCUACGGGUAUGGGCAGUCUAAUCACACAUCAUGGGGAACAAGUUAUCUGGGACAGCACCCCGGGCUACUCCAAAGGGCAAAGUCAAGCUGUGCCGCCCCCGCCGCUGAGCUGGACGAUGGCAGAUAUCGUGGCCUUGGUCAUUCAGAACUUUGCGCCUGUCUCCGUUUAUGACGGCCCGCACAAAUCUUUGUCGCGAGUGUGCGGUGGCUGGAUUGAGGCCCUCCCGAUCCUGAUAGGCGCAACAGACAAUGGCCAGGUGCUUGCAUCGUGUGUGACCGCACUGGGAACCUCUAUUGUUUUUAAGGGCCCGGAUGGUCGGGCGCCGUUGGCCGAUGUCCUCCAGGCUCAUGGCUCUGCGCUCCGCGCCCUCAGGAUGGCUUUCCGUCGGAUGAACACCCAGUCUUGGAACCAGCUUAUUGCCUCCAUCAUGUGCUUGUGCCUCUCGGAAUUGAUGUUGCCAACUUCUGAUGCCACGUGGGGAGCACAUGCCAACGGCAUCAGUAAGUUGAUACAACAGCGCCCACCUGACUUUUACGCGGCCGGCAUUCCUCACAAACUUUUCGCCGGGUUCCGGCCAAUCUUGGUGAGUCCAUGA